CUCUCCUCUCCUCUCUCUCAGGGACGAUCCUCUCUCUCAACGUCUCCAACUUUUAACUCCAAAACCCAAACAAAGAGAGAGAAAGAUAGAGAGAAGAGAAUGGCCCUAGCGAGCUCCUCCUCUUCUUCCUCCGUCGCCGCACACCACCACCACCAUCACCUCUCCUCCGCCGCCUCCCGCGGGGGCACCGCCAACCUCCGCACCUUCCUCCCCGUCAACUCCCGGCCAUCGUCUUCCUCCGCCGUCGCCGCGCGACCGAUCUCCGCCGUGCACGCGGCGGAGCCCGCCAAGAACCCGGCGGUGGCCGACAAGCUGAAAAAGGAACCCGCCGCGGCGGCGCCGGGGCGGUGGUCGCCGGAGAGCUGGCGCGCGAAGAAGGCGCUCCAGCUCCCGGAGUACCCGGACAAGAAGGCGUUGGAGUCGGUGCUCCGCACGAUCGAGAGCUUCCCCCCGAUCGUCUUCGCCGGCGAGGCGCGCCACCUCGAGGAGCGCCUCGCCGAUGCCGCCCUCGGCCGCGCCUUCCUCCUGCAGGGCGGCGACUGCGCGGAGAGCUUCAAGGAGUUCAACGCCAACAACAUCCGUGACACCUUCCGCAUCCUUCUUCAGAUGGGCGUCGUCCUCAUGUUCGGCGGCCAGAUGCCCGUCGUCAAGGUGGGGAGAAUGGCGGGGCAGUUCGCGAAGCCGAGAUCGGACCCCUUCGAGGAGAGGAACGGGUUGAAGCUCCCGAGCUACAGAGGCGACAAUGUGAACGGCGACGCGUUCGACGAGAAGAGCCGCAUCCCGGAUCCGGAGCGCAUGAUACGCGCGUAUUGCCAAUCGGCGGCGACGCUGAACCUCCUGAGGGCGUUCGCCACGGGAGGGUACGCGGCGAUGCAGCGCGUGACGCAGUGGAACCUCGACUUCACCGAGCACAGCGAGCAAGGAGACAGGUACCGUGAACUGGCGCACCGGGUGGACGAGGCGUUGGGGUUCAUGGCAGCGGCUGGAUUGACGGUGGACCACCCGAUCAUGACGACGACCGAGUUCUCGACCUCGCACGAGUGCCUGCUUCUUCCUUAUGAGCAGGCACUCACCCGCGAGGACUCCACCUCUGGUCUCUUCUACGACUGCUCCGCCCACUUCCUCUGGGUCGGCGAGCGCACUCGCCAGUUAGACGGUGCCCAUGUUGAGUUCCUCCGCGGUGUAGCCAAUCCCCUCGGCAUCAAGGUGAGUGAUAAGAUGGACCCAAAGGAGCUAGUGAAGCUGAUAGAGAUUCUGAACCCGCAGAACAAGCCGGGGAGGAUCACCAUCAUCACUAGAAUGGGUGCAGAGAACAUGCGGGUGAAGCUGCCUCACCUUAUCCGGGCAGUGCGUGGUGCGGGCCAGAUUGUGACCUGGGUCAGCGACCCGAUGCACGGCAACACCAUCAAAGCCCCCUGCGGACUCAAGACUCGUCCCUUCGAUUCCAUCCUGGCCGAGGUACGAGCAUUCUUUGAUGUCCACGAGCAAGAAGGAAGCCACCCAGGAGGGGUGCACCUGGAGAUGACCGGGCAGAACGUGACAGAGUGCAUUGGUGGGUCCCGGACCGUGACCUUUGACGACCUGAGCUCACGCUACCACACGCACUGUGACCCAAGGCUCAAUGCUUCUCAAUCUCUCGAGCUGGCCUUCAUCAUUGCAGAGAGGCUCCGAAAGAGAAGGAUCAACUCACCGCAAACCCCCAACUUCUUGAGCUCUCUUCCCCCCUUAUCUUUCUGAAAGGUGGAGAUGGAAUUACAUGCUUUUAGAUCCAUUUGUUGAUGGGUGGCUGGGUGCUGUUGCUAUAAAAUUAUAUCUGAGCUCUUAUGUGUUCGGAAUGUAUCAUACUUAUUAUGUAUCGGUGCCGUCCCCAACUGUGGUUGGGUCUUGGUGCUGAAGAAGAGAAUAAAGACAAAGAAAAGGCUACUUUUGAAUUGGAUAUAUCUUGGCUUAAUACGAAGAGUUUCAUUUCGCAA